AUGUUUAUGCCGUUGAUCGCUGCUGCUGUGGCAGCUUGCUGUCUAUACUACGGAUACCUUGCUGCUCUCGAUUAUUUCGAGCUAAGAAGGGUUCGAUUGCGCGAAAAGACUCAACCACUUCCCAAAGUGGAACAGUCUCCAGUGAAGUUUGGUGUCGAUUUCUACAGCAAAGUCGCAAAGGCUGUUGAAGAGAACCGUUACUUGAAAUUAGAAAUGGAGUUGUUCGAAAAGCAUGGUGACACUGUUUCUAUUUCUAUGUUCGGAAAACCCAUGGUCUUGACUCGCGACCCAGAGAAUAUUAAGGCAAUUCUUGCAACCCAGUUUGAGGAGUUCAGCUUCGGUGCCUCGAGGUACAACAGCUUUGUGCCCAUGCUUGGUGACGGCAUCUUUACCCACAUGUACGGAGGGGGAGAACUCGGUCAACCAUGGCGCCAUUCUCGCAGCGUUCUCCGUCCACAGUUCGCAAGGCAGCAAAUCCAGGAUCUCUCGGUUCUAGAGUCAUUUGUACAGAAUAUGUUCAAAUUGAUCCCUGAAAACAAGACCUUCGACCUUCAAGAACUGUUUUUCAAACUUACAAUGGAUACAGCAACCGAUUUUUUGUUUGGUGAAAGUGUCAAUAGUUUGUUACCUGAUUGUCCCGCGGAAGAAGCCCAAUUUUACCAUGAUUUUAAUCGAGGAUCAGAGAUUCUGCUUCAUCGAAUUACUCUCCAAGAUUUUUACUGGCUUCAGAAAGACGGUGCUGAGUUCCAGAAAAUAUGCAAGAACAUGCAUGCAUACUUGGACAAAUUUACGACAAAGGCUAUACAGAAACAAGCAUCUGGUAAACCAACCAGUCAUGAUCUAGGUGGAAAGUACAUUUUCCUGGAAGAGGCUGCAAAAGAAUUCCAAGAUCCGGUCAGACUUCGAUCAGAGCUCUUUAACAUCCUGCUUGCUGGUAGAGAUACAACUGCAAGCCUUCUAUCCAUCUGCUGCCAUCAGCUCGCAAGACACAAAGAAGAAUGGCUCCGUCUUCGAAAAGAAGUACUUGAAACGUUAGGAAACCGAAAACCCACAUAUGAGGAUAUUAAAUCUAUCAAGUAUCUUCGGUACGUUCUCAACGAAACCCUUCGACUAUUCCCAGUUGUACCAUCCAAUGCCCGUGAGGCCUUCAAGACUACCACAUUACCUCGCGGUGGUGGCCCCAACGGGGAGCACAAGAUUCUGAUUCCCAAAGGUACAAAUAUAUUGUACUCAGUUUGGAGCCUUCACCGUUCUGCAAAAUCUUACGGGCCAGACCCAACUACCUUCCGGCCCAGCCGCUGGGAAACUAUCCGUGUGGGAUGGAAUUACCUACCAUUCAACGGUGGCCCUAGGAUCUGCUUAGGUCAACAAUACGCAUUGACCGAAGCAUCCUAUGUCUUGGUCCGCCUAUUGCAGACAUUUGAAGAUAUUGAAAACAGAGAUCCAAACUUGCACUUUAUUGAGGAUUUGAGACUGACUCUGGCAUGCCAUGGAGGAACGAAAGUUUCGCUGGCAAGAUCCGAAUCUAAGCGAUAA